AUGGCUGCCAGGAGCCGCUUUCAUACAGUGGGUAGAGACCAUGACCGACCCGAGAGCUUCACUCUGCGCCGCUCCAACACUUACAACCUGCUCGUCGGUCGGUGGAAGUCAUUUCGUCGCAGGCGCAUAAUCCUUGUCCUGCUCGCGGGAUGGCUCCUGUACCUCUUCUUCAAGCAUAUGCCUACGGACCUCCCUCCUGUCUCGGAACGUUAUGAUCGCCGCUAUGGCCGACUCGGUGGAGGCGCACCCGUUGCGCACGAAAGCGAAUCUCAAGACGAGGUCCAGAUUGGAGAUGUAUAUGAAGGCCCCAUCAAAUUCUAUGGACUUGCCAGUACGGUGGAACCGCAUACGUGGACCCAGGAUCCCAGAGGCAAUGUUCUCUUUGCGGUCAGCGACUUGAAAAGCGUACCCCAUUUGCUACCUAUCGCGUGUUCGAUGGGGCAGUAUAACAAAACUCGAGUCCAUCUAGCGUUUAUGGGCCGUCAUGCUGCUAGCUGGAAAGAGAUUCGGGAGUUAAAUGGCAUCACGGAGUCAGCAUGUGACAUAUACCUGCAUGAUGCCCGCCCUGACUAUCCGAUUCGAUCAUCUACGGCGAGAUUGGACGUUAGUGCCAGAGCGAGCUUGGGACAUAUCCAUUCCGCGCUGCGGCUACAUGCAGUCGUAAUCAUGGGCAGCGACGAGGAUCAAUUCCUCAACGCCAUAAGAGACAAGACAUCGUCAUUGGAUCUUACUCUGGUCGACCUGCCGAGCGGCGGUUUGCAGAGCCUGUCCUGGAUCUCAGCGUUGGACACCAACUCGCUGUCGCAUUUCAAUAAGAUCCAGUUUGACAUUGUCAUCCAGGCUCAACAAGAAUCCUCGGCGUCCCUUAUGCGACUUCUACGAUCUAUCAAGGACGCUGACUAUACGGGAUGGACCCUCCCCAGGCUGACAGUUGAGCUCCCCACCAAUGUUGACUCAUUCCUGGCGAGGUACUUGGCAAAUUUUCGAUGGCCAGCUGAUGGUACAGGCAGCGAGAGCAGACUGGUGGUUAGGCAUAGGCUUGACGCGCGGCUCAUGUCGCCCGUACAGGCGUCGAUGCGAACGAUAGAAUCUUUCUAUCCACUAGCACCUCGCACUAGCCAUGUUCUACUGCUCUCGCCGAAUAUCGAGCUCUCCCCGAAUUAUUUCCAAUUCCUAAUGUACUCCGUACUCGAGUACAAGCACGGUACAGGAAACCCAGAUUUGACCGAGCAUCUGAUGGGUAUCUCGCUGGACUUGCCACCUGCCGCGCCCGACUUGGAGACAAAGGCGCCAUAUGCAUCCCAUCUUGCCGAGCCAUGUGUCUUGUGGCAAGCGCCAACCUCGAGUGCGGCGCUGAUUUUCGGAGAUCGGUGGGUUGAACUGCACACCUUCCUAUCCUACCGUCUCCUCUUGGACCCAGAACUUGGACAGAAAACACCAUCGUCCCCUAGAUUAUCUCACGAGUUUCCGAGCUGGCUUCAGCCUGUGCUCGAAAUGAUGCAGGUGCGGGGUUAUUACAUGAUGUACCCGACCUUCAUGCUCAAGGACGGGUCAUCAGUCCUCACGGUGCACCGUGAGUUGGCACAAUCGCCGGAGGAGUUCAUGAUGGACGAGAAAGGGGAGAUGCCUGAUAGGGCGACGGCGAAGGUCGACUUGGCUGAAGACGGAACACUCACUGCGGAUGAGGAGAUUGCGCUGCUGAUGAAGGCCGAGCACAGAGCGUUUCCAGCGUCGCUUGUCAUCCCUUUCGUGGAAGCGAUGAGCGGAAAACAAGUGCGCUCGGCUCAGUCAACGAUUCCGCUGCUAUCCUUCAACGGUGAACAGAGGGAAUGGGCGUAUUCGUGGGCUAUCGCAUCGAAAGCGGCAGAAGAAUUUGCAGUCUCGGUUGGCGGGUGCAAGGAGUACAACUCCGACGCAAAGGACAGCAGCAUCACAUCUCUCUUCUGUUUGCAAGCCUCAUGA